UCGUUAUACCGCGUCGUCUGCUCUGCCCUCGCAUCGUCGAAACGGCAACGUCGCCGCCAUCUCGUUAAGCAUCGGAGCAGAUCCCACACACACGGGCCGGCACAUAAUAUACAGUCCCACACAGAGAAACGGUCGAUAAACAAUGUGGGUUAGUUUUCCGCGACGGCGCGUCGCAAACGGCACAUCGUCGUCGCGCGACGGUAGUGUGCAGUGUCGUAGCAGUUCGCGUCGGCCACCUGCCUCUUUUUGACACCUCGACGCACGUGCCGCCGGAUAUCCCUUUAUACCUAUAUACGUGUGUGGCUAACAUUCGCGAGUUCGCGCGUGACAUCGAGGCCUCCAGGAAAGGGCCCCGAGUGUAUUUCGACGUGUAUAGACAAGACCGACAGACUGCAUAGGCGUAGGCAUGAAUCUCCGAAUUUCUGCGUCAGGCUGCAAUCGAUAAGAUAACCCCACCUGCGUGUGCGGUUGCAAAGAAGCGAGGGCUGGCUUCCGGGGAGUGAGAGAGAGAGAGAGAGAGAGAGAGAGAGAGAGAGAGAGAGAGGAAAGCGAUGCGAGGUAAACAAAUCGUCCACCGCCUGCACAGUACAAGUUACGAGCGAAAGGAGGAGAGCUGAGAGAAAGAGAGUGAGAAGACGGAAGCGACCUUGCCAUGCGUCGCUGGACCGACCGCCGAAGCAGCAGUAGUAGAAGUAAGAACAGUAGCAGCAUCAUCGGGGCAACUCGGCGGAUACAACGAGAACGACGUGGUGGGGUCUCGCCGACGAGAUAAGGAGCAGCGACUGCAACGCAAGACCGUCACACGGGUCCGAUCGCUUUACGCGCGAAGAGCCUUUCUCUUCUGCUGCCGCUGCUCUGCUCUUGCCGCGAGUGUAUAACCAUCGUAUACACACGCACGCACGCGCGCGCGCACACACACACACACACACACACGCGCGCAUACAGGUGCUGUGUAUUGUAUAGGCGAAAGUUUUCCAGAGAGGGUUGCUGCAGCUCGCGUAAACAUGCUGAAGGACUACUCGCCGGUGACGCAGGCCCUACUCGGCACCCUGCUCACGUGGGGACUCACCGCUGCCGGCGCCGCCGUCGUCGUCGUCAUUCGCGGCAAGCAGAGAAAGCUGCUGGACGUGAGCCUAGGCUUCGCCGCCGGUGUGAUGGUGGCAGCGAGCUACUGGUCCCUUCUAGCCCCGGCGAUCGAGAUGGCGAGCGAGAGCAAGAUCUACGGCCCCGAGGGCGAGUACGCCUUCGUCCCGGUGGGCAUCGGUUUCCUCAUCGGCGCAGCUUUCGUCUACGGCACCGACGCUCUUAUAUCGAGCCUCGGCAUACAGUCUCCCAAUGUCCUACUAGCCAUGCAGUCUGUCGGUACGAACAAAAAACUUGAGCUACACGAGCUUAGCCAGAGACUGGCAUCAGCUCACAAACUAAAGAGUGACAAAGAGGACUUUGACGACGAUAGCAGUCAGUUUGACAGUGCAGACGUGAUUUCGAAGCACGGCUACUAUAAUAAUGCCGGGCCGGGAUCAGUAGCCAAAUUUUACGCCUCGAACGUUCUCGAGUCGACCACUGUUAUCGAUGGCUUCUACGAGCAGAACGCGAGGAGACGCCAGCAGUCGGGAAUCCAGAGGAGCAGCGAACCCGGCGAGGUGGGAACCAUCUACGAGAACCCCGAUAACGAGGCCAAGAACAACCAAUGGAAGAGGAUCCUGCUCCUCGUCGUUGCCAUCACUGUGCACAACAUUCCAGAGGGUCUCGCGGUGGGUGUCGGCUUCGGCGCGGUCGGCAGCAGUCCGUCAGCGACUUUUGAAAACGCAAGAAACCUGGCCCUGGGCAUCGGCAUCCAGAACUUCCCCGAAGGCCUGGCGGUCUCUCUGCCAUUACAGGCGGCCGGUUUCAGCACCUUCAAGAGCUUCUGGUACGGCCAGCUCUCGGGAAUGGUCGAGCCGAUCGCCGGAGUCCUCGGCGCGGCUUGUGUCACCCUGGCGGCGCCUGUGCUGCCCUACGCUCUCGCCUUCGCUGCCGGUGCCAUGAUCUACGUCGUUAUCGACGACAUCAUCCCUGAGGCUCAUCAGAGCGGCAACGGUAAACUGGCCAGUUGGGGCGCGAUAGUCGGCUUCCUGGUCAUGAUGUCCCUGGACGUAGGUCUGGGUUAGCUGCCCGAGGAACAGAGCCGAACCAAAUGCCAAAUUCCGAACGGCUGCUGAUGCUGGACAAACGUUUGCUGAUAACUGCGCUGUUCGCCGAUCGUCUUUCUUAUAUGUAUAAUAAACGGAACACGUGCAAUCACUGUUGAACGAUGAUGUGCGCGCGAGAGGCAUGUCGUUUGGGUCAGAGGUAGUAUUUUUUUUCAAGGACGGCGUGUACGUGCAGUAUAAUAUGGACGAAAGGUCAAUUUUUCAAGAUGAUAUAUAUUUUCUCAUGGUGUGUUCCUCGAUAGAUAAUCGAAGCAGAAAGUGAGGUAUUAUUACGUAUGUUUACUAGUGUUUAAUUUAGUUUCUAGAGAUAAUGCGAUGCAAGAAGAACAAUUUUUCUACGCGUUUUUAUGCCCGCAUGGAAGCUCGCACCGGAAUUGGUGCAUUUUUCAAAUGGAGUGAUUUUUUCAAACUUUUUAUACGAGAUGAGUGUUGAUCGAUCGAUUGACGAAUCGUUCAAUGUAAUGCGAGAUUGGGUUUGAAAAAUCUAUAGGAGACUAAAUGUAAGGCGAAAAGUACUUUAUACAGCUUCGCGGUAUAUUUCAAUUCAAGUCAAUUUUUAAGUGGUAAAUUUGAAAUUUGGUGAGGUGCUUUAUUCUUCUAUAAUGUCUUUUUUAAAUGCAAUUAUGAGGCAUAAACCUAUAAUUAGAACUAAAUAAUUGUUACAAUACAUUGAUAUUGAAAAUAUCAAGCUGUAUCUAAAAAUUGAUUCAUAAGCAAAUAUAACGAGGUUCCAAACCCAUCCUCCUCUUUCCCAAUAAAGAGGCACCGAAGGUAUAUCAUACCUAUAUAUACAAUAUAGAAUUUCUAUUUUGCUAGAACACUAUCAUAUAUGAAGUGGCCGCGUAUAUAUAAAUAAAAUUUUGUACAUAAGGGCACAUAGCGAAUUCAAAAGCAAAGCGCUCCGGGGGAUCUCGUUCUCGACGAACGCAGAGCCCUGGAUGAAUACUUACAUGUGUAUUAUAUUGUUAACGUUUUGCGAAUAGCACAGGGUAUAAAAUACGACCGGUUUAUAUUAAACCAAUGCGCGCUGAACGAGUUUCAUGUGUGUGACGAGGAUCGACUCGAGUGCAAUUUCCACGCGCAACAAAACUACAUGGUGGAACGAGACGACGUUCCAUCGGUGCUAUGUCUAUUAAAAAUGUCGCCUGUAACCAUACCGAAACAAGCAAUCGAUCGUAUGCCUGUUCUUAUAUUAUAUUAUUAUACUAUAUUAAUAAAAAAUGUCCUUUCGAAACGUC